CUCCGCCGUGCGAGUCGUUCGAAAUCGCACACCGCCCCGAGGGUCGGCGGGGCUCCGCUCUCGACCGCACCAAGUUGCCGGUGUUUACGUCGCCGCGUCGUCGCCGUUCAAAUUCGACCCGCGCGCGCGCGUGCACGAGCGAUUUUCCGGCGAUCCUCGCCCGCGAACAGCGUCGACCGCCCGCGAAACUCGCGUCCGGAAGUACCCCGAGGGAGGAAGGCCUACGCUUCUUUUCCCCGUCACUCGCCUUCCCUGGUGGUGUCGUUCGUCUCCGUCGUAGGGCUUCCGGAUCUCCGCUUGUGCGUGAUUCAUUCUGGUCCGGGUGAUUCGCUCGGGCGUUUCGAAGAUUGGCGUGCACGGACGCCGCUCGGAUCCCUGGCAUGGAAUGAUCUACUCGCCGUGACUCUUCCCACGCAGAACGACCGGCCGAGGAUUCUUCGAGGAUGACGGGCAGACACGCGGAACGAGCCGUCGCUGUUCGUGCGGAAUGCGGAAGCCGAGGAUGCUUGAGACGACUAAUGGGGUUUCCCAGGAAGCGAGCGGCUCUGCUGGCAAUUUGUCUUUUGGUCACUUGCACGGCGGGUAACAAUGUGAACGAACCGCCUAUCCUGGAAGCCGGAGGGUACCCCACGGGUUUGCCACUUUCGGAAUCGACCAAGGUCGGGACAGAAGUAUUCGUCCUAAAGGGCCACGAUCCCGAAGGAUCGCCGGUGAAAUAUGGCAUACAACUCACGGAUCAUUUCGUCGUCAACCCGCGCACUGGUGUCAUCACUCUGGCGAAGCCGCUCAAUCGUGAGGAGAACGACACAAUACGCUUUCGGGUGACUCUGGAGGACGAGGUGCCUGCAGGCCAGCAGCCGAACAUCGUCGGGGUGGACGCGUACGUGAUCGUGCUGGACGAGAACGACAAUCCGCCGCACUUUCUGGGAGUGCCGUACGAGGCGGUGGCCGAGGAGGACACCCCGGUUGGUUCCACCAUACUGCCAGGCAUCAGGGUCGUGGACCCUGACCUGCUGGGCGACAUCAUAGAUCUAACGUGUGUCCCGCAGCCACAGUUUCUGGAUGCCUGCGAGAAGUUCGGCAUCGUCAACGUCGAGAGGAGCCAGAAUACGUACGUGGGCGCGUUGGUGCUGCGACAACCCCUCGACUACCGGGAGAGGCCCUUCUAUCAGCUACUCCUGCGAGCGAGCGACGGUCUGAACAGCAGAAACACCGGCGUGGAGAUCAAGGUGGCGGAUAUACAGAACAGUCCGCCGGAAUUCCUGGACUCGUUGACAGGUGUAGUACGCGAAGAUGAUCCCAUCGGGACCCUCGUGAUGACCGUAAAGGCUCGAGACGGCGACAGAGGAAUGCCGCGGAAGAUGAUCUACGAAUUGGUCACCAACCCGUUCGAUUAUUUUUUGCUGGACGACGACACGGGCGAGCUGAGGACGGCGAAGCCGCUGGACAGGGAAGCGCUGGAGAAUUCAACGGGCGUGCUCACGCUGAUCGUGAAGGCUCGUGAGCUGAUCGACGGCAUACCCGGCAACGACAAAUUGACGGUAUCGACGGCCGAAGCCACCGUGACGAUUAAAGAUGUCAACGACGAGCCACCCACGUUUAAUCGACGCGAGUACAACAUCGAGAUCCCAGAAAACGUGCCGGACGGCACGCCGCUGCCGCAUCUGGACAUGACGGUGAAGGAUCCGGACGUGGGCUUGAACUCCGUAUUCUCGCUGCGACUGGAAGAUAUAACUGGUGCUUUCACUGUGGAGCCGGUGCUGGCGACCGGUAGCACAUCCGUGAACAUCCGUGUUACGAAUGGCUCGCUCGACUACGAGAACCCUAAUCAACGGAAAUUCAUUAUCCUGGUGGUUGCCGAGGAAGUUCACACGAACCCGAAGCUCUCGUCCACGGCGACGGUAACGAUCGCCAUCACGGAUGCAAACGACAAUGCGCCUUCCUUCGGGAGCCCCACGUACACAGCCACGGUAUCUGAGACGGCAGCCCCAGGGAGCCCAAUUAUAACGAUCACGGCGAAGGAUCGCGACAGCGGGCGCUUCGGUACCGCCGGCAUAGUCUACCAAUUGCUCGGCCAGGGCGCGGAGCACUUUGCAAUCGACAAGAAAGCCGGCUCUAUCACCGUCGCACCCUGUCCAACACCCGGCACGUCGCCGUGUCUGGAUUACGAGCAACAGACGGAAUAUUUCCUCACCUACAAGGCUACGGACGACAAUGGAGAAGGGCAGACGACGAGCGUGUCACUGCGUAUCAGUUUGACAGACGCGAACGACAGUCCGCCACGUUUUCUGCAGGAUAAGUAUCGCGCGGUAGUGGACGAGGGUGCCGAGAAGUUCGAGCCCGAAUUGAAAGUGCAGGCGCGUGACAAAGACAAAACGUCCAAGAUCACGUACGCUCUGGUGGGCGGUAACGAGCUCGGAUUGUUCAACGUCGACCCGGACACCGGCGAGAUUACCAUCAAAAGUCCGGUCGACAUGACCAACGCCACCGACGACUGGAUCGCCCUGACGAUACAGGCGAGCGACGGCAUAUUCGUCGAUUCCGCGCUCGUCAACGUCACUGUGCGCGACGUUAACAAUAACGCGCCCGUAUUCCCACACGACAUAUACACGGCCAGUAUUCCGGAGAUAUCGCCGAUCGGAACCGUCGUGGAGGAAGUAACCGCCACGGAUGCCGAUAGUGGUGUCAACGCCGAGCUAGUGUACAGAAUACAGAAGGGUGCUUUCGAUGACUUCGCCAUCAAUGAAACUACUGGCGUCGUGACGGUGUCCCGAAAACUGGACUAUGAUGACAAGAACACGUAUCAUGUAGAAGUUAUAGCGUUUGACAAAGGAACACCAAGUCUAACUGGAACAACGACGCUGAUGAUUGAAGUGGAAAACAGCAAUGACAAGGCCCCGUAUUUCACGCCAGAAACGCAACGAGCCGAAGUGACGGAGGACACGCCGAUCGGCACUGUUUUUGCGACAUUGAAAGCUACCGAUCCGGAUAGCGCAAAUCUCGAAGCUUUGAACUUUGCUAUCUCCGAACCAAUCACUGCUAUUGACAGGAAUGGCCAGCAGGUCAACGAUAGCAAGUCUUUUAAGGAUUUCUUUGCGGUCGAUCGGGCUACCGGACAAGUGUCCGUCGUUCGAGCGCUGGAUCGUGACGUAGCAGCCACCGUGAGCGUUACGAUCGUUGUAAGCGAUACUACAGCACCCACGUUACAGCAAGGACGAGGUAAGCUGGUGGUCACUAUCAUCGACGUGAACCACAUGGCGCCAGAAUUCCUGAAGCCGUGGACUCGUGAGAAUUCCCGGUAUCUGAUAGAGAUGCAGGAGGAGCAACCGACUGGCGCUGUCGUGGGCGCUUUCACGGCGACGGACGCUGAUAGUAACAUAGCAGGAUACGCCAUCGAUCCGCCGAGCCCUUACUUCAAUAUUGAUAAUAUUACCGGGAUUGUAAGAACUAGUCAAGUGAUCGAUUACGAAGAAACGAAGCAACUGGAAUUCACGGUGGUCGCUUACGACUCCGGAGUGCCGCAGCUCACCGCGACUGCGAAGGUAACCGUCAUCGUGAUCAACGUGAACGAUCAAGACCCGAAGUUCGAGAAGGAGCUGUACAACGCGUCGGUGAAGGAAAACUCUCCGCCAGGCACUCGCGUCACUGUCGUGAAAGCUACGGACGGCGACGAGGGCCCCUUCGGCGAUGUCAGCUAUAGCCUGAUCGGCGAACACGCCGCUGACUUUAAUAUCGGCCAUGAGACUGGAGAGAUCACCGUGGGUGGUGCCACGGUUCUAGACAGAGAAAUUACGCCGGAGAUCACUAUAACAGUGAUGGCAAGCGACGGCGCCCAUGUCAAUUCUCGACGAAGCACCACCGUGCCGGUGGUCGUCAAGUUAAUUGACGUGAACGAUAACAGACCGAUAUUCUCACAACACAGCUACAGAGCGUCCGUCGCGGAGAACUUGUCCGUUAAUCCGCCGGCACCUAUCUUGCAGGUACGAGCUGUGGAUCAAGAUGAAGGAACCAACGGCGAGGUCUGGUACACGAUCGUCAAUGGCAACGAAAAUGAAUCGUUUUCGUUGAACCGCGAAACCGGCAUUCUGUACCCCGCAGCCGCUCUGCUUGGUAGAGCCGGUUCAUACAGGAUCGAGGUCGAGGCGCGCGAUGGCGCCGGAAACGGUCCGCAUUCGGACAGAUGCUACGUCGAUAUAAGGGUCACGCCAGUGAAUCAGCACAAGCCGCAAUUCGUGAUGCCAGAAUUAACGAACGCGACUGUGGAAGUACCGGAAAAUGCAGGCGUUCCGAACUAUCUAAUUUUGACCGUUAAAGCGAUAGACAGAGAUCCGGGUGAAAACGGUCGUGUUAGCUAUCACUUGAAAGUCGGCAACAGAAACGUUCAGGAAACUGAGGAGUUCUCUAUAGACCAAGAAACCGGUGAACUACGCUCGAAAAUAAUACUCGAUCGUGAAAUCAAGAGCAAAUUUGAGCUCGUUCUCGUGGCGGCUGAUCAUGGCAGCCCUACAGCGUAUGAGACGCUGCGUUUGUUAACGGUACAGUUAGUCGACACCAAUGAUAACGUGCCGCAAUUUUACGAGGAGUACAACUUCCACGUGUCGGAAAAUCGACCGAAAGAUUAUUUCAUUGGCAAAGUAACAGCGGAAGACAAGGAUGAAGGCAGACAUGCCAAGGUUUAUUAUUAUAUAGAAGCAGGGAACGAAGGGUAUGCUUUCUACAUGGACAAAUCCGACGGCAGCAUCUACGCGAACAAAUCAUUCGAUCGCGAGAAGAGAGACAAAUAUAUCCUCUCUAUUCUCGCAUCCAAUGAUCCCGAUAUUUACAUCAACGCCGCGCAAUCCGGCCGGCCGUUGACUCACAAUCCGGAACAUGGACAUGUAAACGUAACGAUAACGGUAUUGGACGAAAACGACAAUCCGCCGAUCUUCGAACGCAACGAUUAUUAUGCUGGGGUGAAUUCGAUGGCGAACAUAAAUGACUUCGUGACUAAAGUGACGGCGUCUGAUUUGGAUGUCGGAGACAACGGCACUCUCCAUUAUUACGUCGCCAGCGCGAAUCUCUACAAGUACGGCUCGGAGAAGCCAAGUGGCUCGAUAGUGCCGAGUCCGUUCAACGUCACGCAGGACGGCAAGCUUGUCACAAGCGGAUACAUGGCGGAGUACAAUCAAGACAGGUUCAUCGUCGAAGUUAUUGCCAAGGAAGCAGCCAUCCCGGAGAGAUAUGCAAUGACGAGAGUUCACGUGUGGGUGUUUGAGCCAUCUCAAUUAAUUCGUGUCAUACUGUCCCGGCCUCCGGAGGAAGUAAACAGCGAGCGCGACGAGAUCGUUUCGGAGUUGUCCAACGCUACACAGAGCAGAGUUGUAGUGGACGAUAUUAGGUACCACGUUGAUGCUUCUGGACAUAUUCGCAGAGAAUGGUGUGACAUGUACUUGCACGUUGUCGAGCCAAAAACUCAAACCAUCGCACCGAUUCCCCAUGUGCUCAAGGUUAUCGACGCAAAGUAUGAUUUCUUAAAGCACUACUAUGCCGGAUUUGCCAUAGAGAAUGUCGUGCCCGCGUACGCCGGAGUUCAGGAAGAACCGUUCGACCCAGCACUCGCUGCUUUAAUAGCUCUCUUAGUUGUUUUGCUCGUAGGUGCGGUCACUGUUACGGUAGUUUGUUGCUGUUUACGCCACUGGGUAAUAACUGUGCCAAAUGAUAUACGUAAGAAGGACGGCCUAAUCAAGAAGCAGAUCAUCGACGAACUGAACACGACGGAGAACCCCUUGUGGAUCGAGCAAAAAUUGAAGCUCUACGAGGAGCAGGAAUUGACGAUGCAAGUGUUCAGCGAGCCCGAGGGAGGUCUCAGCGGCGAGAGACGCGGCAGCGGCGUGAGCGUCGGUAUGGGUGACACGUCUCAAGAUAACACUUACGCCACGAUACAGCAUCCGUUGCCUACGAACAGGCAUCGUCCGACCACGCCAGAUUACACGACGCUUCCAGGAAAUCACAAUUUAUACGAAUCGGCAAUGGGUUUCCAAGGCUCAACGUUUCAGCCCUCCCCGAAUGUGAUGCCGCAACUGACGCUCGAUCGCGACGGCCAGCCCCAAUUCGUUUCAGGACUAGUAUAAACCGACUCCGAUUACGCAGAGACGUCCCCGCCUCCUUCUUUCUAUCUCUAAAUAAGCUCUGUCGCCGUACGUUGUACCUCUUUGUCCGUGGCUCUUUUUCAUUGCACGCGCUUCUUCGGAGCGUACUUCGGGCGACUCGCAUGCACACACCUCUUUGACAAUAAUCGGAUUAUAUGACUAUGGUCGGGUUUGUCCUGCGAGUAAACGCGUGUACGGGAAGAGCGACAUGACGACACGACAUUCGCGAGGUCCGCCCUCUCACUUGCGCGACUUUUGCCAUUUUCAGUUCGGACUCUUCCGCGAGAGCUUGCGAAGGACUCGAAGAUGAAGAGUGACGACGAACGACAGUCAAUAUUACUGGAGUAAUUAAUCCAUGUAGCUGGUGUGUGCAUGUAUAUAUGUGUGCGUUGCCAACCUGGGGUCUCGGUCUGAAUUUGCCGUUAGAUCUAUACUUUUUAGAAGAAUCAAAAAGAAAAGAAGGAAAGUGGAUAUACGCUAGGCGAACUGAGAUACACUGUGAGAUAGCUCGAUACGACCGAAGCUUGGCACGACAGAUAUAUGUAUAUAAGUGAAUGUGUAGAGAUUCCGUCCAGCCCAGUUUUCGUCUUAAUUUCCUCAUUAGUUUAGUAUUUAUGCGUUUCUCCUUCCGAGGUGUACGCGAGCUGCGUGUCCCGGCGCAGCGAGCGUACCUUUUAUACGUACGCACGUUUUACAACGAUCACUGCCACCCGUUUUUUGGCGCAUCGACGCGAUGCGGUUGUUGUAUUCGGUAAGGGAAUAAUUGAGCCAUUGUUACCGGAUGCACAAGCGGAGCGUAAACGUAACCGAGAAUAGCAUGCAUGAUUCUCUAAGUUAUCUACCGUAUAUUUCGCUAGCGCGUAUUUAUUUAAGAUAGUAACGUUUCGAACGACUGAUCUUUUCUUCCCGAUUAAACUGUGAUUUGAUUGCGCCCGAGUAUGUGUGCAAUGGUUUAUUAACUCGCAAUGGUUUUGCACGAGUCGCUGGCGAUGGGCGGACAUAGUCAUAUCAUAGUUAGAUGAAGUGACGACGUUCGCGGUGAAUCUCCGAUUGUCAUUGUUGUACGGCGAAGCGAGAUCCUGCCCUCGAGAAAUCGUGUCAACUUUACGCUUUACGAAACGACCUCACGAAACCGUCCUCGACUGCAAGCGAAGAUGGUGACGCUCGGCGAUUCCCCGCGGACGCCACUCGCCGUAAAAAAAAAAAACGUAUCGCAACACUACUCGAUAAACAAGCAGUAAACUUAAAAACUUACGAUCGAGUUAUUUCUAAGAACAUUUAAUGUAAAACUAUUAUCGGUAUCAUGAUAUUACUAGAUGGUUAUGAAUAUUCCAGUUAGCAAAAUAUCUGUUUAUUGAUUAUAAAUUUAUUGUAAUAUUGUAACAUAUUUUAUGUAAGUCAUUAAUAAAAAAUAUUCGUACAC